AUGGCGGCGACAGACACAGCAGGGGGUGCUGCAUCAUCGCUGGAGCCGCACCAGCUCGCAGCAUACCUCGCGCCUCCAUCUCGCCAGCAACAGAUCAACUACGUCGUCGAGCAUUGCAACUACAUCCUCCCCCAGCUCGCUUCCGACUCCCUCACUGCGUCGCUCGCUUCCCAGCCCAACCUCUCUUCCAAAUCUACACCGCUGUUCACCACACUGCCGUCUUCGUCAGCGCUCGAAGCUUAUCUGGCCGAACUCACCUCGGCUCAUCAGCAGGCUUCCGCUCGGACUGCCAACCUCGAAUCUCAGCUUCGAAACCAGCUUCUCUCGAGUCUUUCCGGUGUCAAGAUUCUCAAAGAGAAGCUUUCAUCCUUGCCAGAUGACAUUGCUUCCACCGAGGACAAGUUACUCGAUCUCUGCGAGGAUCUCGUCAUCGCAGGCGCGUCUUCUUCCACAACCUCGACCUCGCCCGGCUCCAGCAGGGAUGGCGCGGACACCUUGAUCGACCGUCUCGGUCAGCUUCACACAGCCAUCGACCAGCUCAAGAAGGCCAAGCAAUACUUUAGCAUCCUGGCUCAGGCCGAGGAUCUUCGUCUUGCGGUUGUCAAAAGCGAUCAGGACCAAGCUCAGCGAGAUCGAGCUCUGCAGCACCUCUCCGAGCUUGAUGCCCUCGUUCGCAAGGUCGAGAAGCUCUCUGUGGUGGGCUCGGAACAGCAUCAGGCAGCGCAAGACGAGCCCAAGCUGGUAGCAUUCCUGCGAGCACAGCGAUCUGCCGCCUUCAAAGCGCUCAGAAAGGCUCGCUGUUCGCGACUCUCGGAAGCCAUCGCCCAGACCGGCUGGUCGCACGCCAAGGCUGACCUCUCCACAAGCAAAGACGAUGCCAGCAACGGCCUCGACUCCACGGCUGCCAAGCUCGUUGAGAGUACGCAGGUCAAACAAGCUUGGGCGGACGUCUGUCGGCUUCAAGACGUCGCCGAGCAUCUGGGCUUGCUCAGGCGCGCGACCGCCAAAGUGUCUUCUCAGUCGUCAGCACAGGCGACCGACGCAGAAGUUGUCACAGCAGGUAGUGACGCGUAUCAGCCUCUGCUCACCACGCAAUGUCUCAUCGAGCCGAUGCUCCUUCGCUUCCGCUACCACUUUGACGGCGAUCGUUCGACCAACCGUCUCGACAAGCCGGAAUGGUCCCUCUCGCACAUCGCGUCUCUCAUUCGCUCCCAGGCUCCACUCUUCCUGCCCGCAGAGCAUGGCGUUCCCGGCUCCGGUGGUGCAGUCGUCCGACUCAACCGAGCAUACGCCAAUGCGUCUCCAUCUCGCCGAGCCUACCGUCACAUCGACACCUACGCCGAGCUGCUCCACGGUCUCCUCACCCCACUCCGUCGCAAACUCGCCUCGACCAUGCCUUCCCUGCUCGACCACCCCUCCCUGCUCGCACACACCGUCUUCCAGUCCCUCACGUUCGACGCCGACCUCUGCUCCACCUUCCCACCCUCGCUCACGGUCCUCCACAGCGCAGGCACGCGCAAACUUUCGGACGACAUCCUCGACAACCCUCUCUGGUUCAACCGGUGGCUCGAUGGCGAGAAGCAAUUCGCGCUGCGACGGUUCGAAGAGAUCAUCGACGCUCCUGACGCAUGGGCCAUCGGUAGCUCGGAUAGUCUCGCUGACGAUGACACCUUCUUUCCCUCUUCCAGCGAGACGGGUCAACGAACGACCAAAUCGGCUCGGUCGACAAUGGAAAUCCUCGACGCGGUGUCUGAACGAUAUCGACCGCUACCCUCGCUCUCCCAGCGAUUGAGCUUCCUAGCCAUCGUUCAGCUACCCAUUCUGCGAAGCUACGCACAACGCUUGACGCGCAGUUUGGACGCAUUCGAAUCGCUCUCGUCGGCAUUUGCGCGUGCGAUGCCUGGCGAGAUCGUCGCCACUUCGACCGGCCAGGGGGACUCAGACAUGGUCCGUGGGCUUCGUGGGUUGGGUCGAUUGGUGAAAGCGCUCCUCUCCGCCCAGUGGGUGUGUACGGAGCUCGAGCGGUGGUCCGACAGCGCGGCGUUCGUUGAGAUGUCUGAAGCGCUGGGUUCUACCGAGGAGGAAAGGGCGCUCGCGCUGGGAUUGAGAAAGGAGGAAGGGGUGCAAGAGGAUAAGGAGUUGGACGCGGCCAGUUUGGGCAUGCUUUUGCGACGAGGGUUGAAGAGGGGGGUUGGGGUGGCAAGACCCCUCGCCGCAGGUUCGCCCAAUUUGGCCAGUGAUACGGUGGGAACGCCGCAGGUGAGCGAUGUCGGGCAAAAACAGGUGUUGAACGAGUUCGGACGGUAUGGCGUGUGGGAGGAACCGCGGCGCAAGUUUGGCGAGAUCGCCAGUCGUGCUGUGACAGCCAUCGAACGGUUGGUGGUGAGCGAAACGCUGGAACAGCUUCGUCCGUACGUGUUGCGACGGUGGGAUCAGGAAGAUGCGACCUCGGAAGAUGAAGAACCGUAUCCGACGCCGACGCUCAUUCCCGCAUUGUCGGUGUUCUCGUCCCAUCUUGGACACUUGUGUUCGAUACUGGAGAGGGAGACGCUGCUGCCGGUGUACAGGAAUGUAUCGGCGUCGAUUGCGGGUGCGUUAGUGGACAGAGUGGUGAUGGCAGGCGGGUCGAGGCGGUUCAAUCAUCAGGGUGGGGUGAGAUUCGAUCGGGAUCUGAGGGAGGGGUGGUUGGGCGUGGUGAGGGAGGUGGGCGAGGCGAAUGUGGCGGGAUUGUUGGGGAGGAGACCAGAGGCGAGUUGGAAGAUCGCGCUGGAUGCGGCGUCUUUGCUGCGCCUACCAUCUUCAACGAGCGGGGAAGGGGACAAGGAUGGGGUGAAGCUGGCGAAGGCCGUGCAGAUCGUGUUCGACGCUACGGAUGAGGGCGGCGCCAAAGGAGAGGAUUACAGGGGGCUAUUGGAGGGGCUGGGCGUGGAUGACGGGAAGGUCAAUGUUAGGGAGGUGCUCAGGCGGCGAGUCGAGGUAUGGAAGUGA